ACUACCCUUACUAUCUCAUUAUUAUAAAAUAACAUUAAAUUAUUGAAUUUCAUUGUACGAUCAUGGUUUAUGUUACGUCUUAAAUUAGGUUAAAUUAUUAAAUAAUCGCAUUGUCAGAAUGUUUAUCAACAGUUCAGCACAGCAAAAGGCAAUCGAAUAUUGUUUGAAUCGUCCGCCAAAUCCACGCCAGUACUACGGCAAGAAUUCCAUUCCCAAAAGACCUUUACCCCGUCCAAUACGGCCAAAUAGGCGGAUUCAAAGUGAUCCACCCGAUUCCACCACACUAGCCAUGCCAGCAGCUGCCAAUGAGGAGACAACCAUGCGGAUCAAGGUGGAAAUCGAUGAGCUGUAUACGCUGGACUCAUCACCGACUCAAGACGAGACAAAAACAGAACUGAAUCAUGGUAAUAACCAUACGUUGGAAUGGAUUACAGUUAAGCUGGAUGAAUGGAAUACGAAGGAAACGACUUGUGUGGAAAUAACGGACAACAAGCGACAAAUCAAAACCGAACCGGAACCUGAUGAAUCAUUUUCUCCGGUAAGCACAGGACAGGAAAUUCGAGACUACACGACAUCUGUGAUCAAACAUGAACCUUUGGAUGUAGUGGAUAAUGAAGAGCAGAUUUCAGGACUAACAAAAAGUUCAUUAUCGGUAUUAAAAAAACGUCUAAAACCGAGAAGAAAACAUACCUGUAUCCCCAGUCCGACUUAUCAUGCAAAGAUUUUUAAAAAGUUCAUUUUGAAAAAAGUAUGCAAAGGAUACAGAACAGUGUCAACAAAGCUACUAAAUGGCAAUUAUGAUCGGCGCACAUACCAAUGCCAAGUUUGUCCAAUGCGACACGAUAACCGUUCGGCGAUGAUGGAACACGUAGCAACGCAUAAUCUGAUUCAACAAAGAAGACACUACCGGUGCGAAUUGCUACCUCCUCCGUAUUAUGAACUAUUAGGGUGCCGUUUAUGUCCCCGGGUAAAAUCCGAUAAACGCAAACAGCUAAAGGAGCACCUUUUGAGUGAACAUUCCGAAAAGCUACACAAGCUAGGCAGUGCAAUGAAACUCAUUAGUUUCAAGUGCUCAAUUUGUAAGAAACGAUUGAUUCCAGUUGCCACGGAGGAAAACCCCACGGGUGAUGACCAUGAUCAUUAAGCAAAUAAUUUAGACUUGAAGCGGUUUAUAGGCAGUUUGAUUAUUUUGUAUCAAUAAAGCAAGUUGUGUGCCUUGCGAGGUGAAUUUCGCGAAAACUUCGUAGAGAUGUUUUUAAAUUGCAAUAUGGAAACUGUUGAAGCAUAAGCCAAGGGCACUGCAUUUUUGUCGAAAAUGAGUUAUACGUAUUGGAACCGAUUGUCAAGCACCAUCACACGAAAAAUUUCCUAAUGUAGCGUAAAAUACCAAAACUAUGUUGUCCCGUCCAUAAGAGCCCAUUGGGAAAAAAAUCUCCAACAGGGGUG